UUAUCCCUUUUCCUUAGAACAAAGCAAUCAGUGCGAGAACUUUCACCAUCAAGGAUUCAGUAGCUAGGAGAUUAUCGGAAGCAUCACCAAAACUUGCACAGACUGUAAGAAAACAGAGGUUCUCUCUGACCAUCAGUGAAUCAUUUGCGUUAAAUAAAAUGAAAAGUGGAAAUGACGGUAACCAUGACAACCAAGAAGAUUUUGUAGAUGAUGUUUUUCAAUCACCAGAGGUAUUUCACAGACAGAGAAUUGAUUCACAGACAUACUUGGUGAGACAGCGAGUGGAUAAUGAUGCAAACAAUAACAGUGUCAAGUCGAGCUGCAGCAAUGUGGAGAAAGACCAGACAAAAAAUUAUGUGAACACUACAAUGGUACAAGCAUUAUCUGUAUCAAAGUUUAACAUUGAACUGACAAAAAACAUACUUUAUGAUGAGAUCAGACUGAAAAUUGGAAAUAAACAAUGUGAUCAUUUGAUAAGUCAGGUUAGACAACUUAUUGUGGAAGAUGGACAAAGUUAUCAGUGUUUGAGACAUAAAUUGAUUAAAGAAGAACUUGAGUUGCUCCCCCUGAUUUGUAUGUAUUUAACUGUAUAAUGAAGUGCAUACACAUUUUUUUUGUGCUGAAAUAUUUUUGCUAUGACAAACCGU